AUGAAAGAAAACCUAGAAGUCCUAGCAGAACCCCCAUUCGAAUUUUCUGAGUUCACUACCAGCGAACUAGAAGCAGCUGAAUUAUAUUGGCUAAGGUAUUUACAAAAUAUUUCAUUUUCUAACGAAAUUUUGUAUUUGCAGAAAGAGAAGUCUGUUCCAAAAACUUCAAAGAUAUCUCAACUAUGUCCCUUUCUUGACGAUAAUGGUUUAAUGCGGUUGAAAGGUCGUCUUCAGUUGUUAGAUGUGCCACUUAACCAAAAACAUCCCAUCAUCCUACCGAAGUCGUAUCUGGUCAAGUUAAUAAUCGAUGAUUACCACCAAAGAACUUGUCAUGGAGGUACGAACGUCGUCCUAUGCAAAUUGCGUGAGCAGUUUUGGAUUUUAAAAGGGCGUCCAUUUAUUAAAGCAAGAAUUAAAACUUGCAUCAUUUGCCAGAAGCUUUUUGCCAAACCCGUGUCUCAGCCGUUUGGGCCUUUGCCAAUUGAACGCAUAACGAUGUCAAGGCCAUUUGAAUGCGUCGGCGUAGAUUUUGCUGGUCCUCUCUUCUAUUUGGAUGAAUCUUCAAACCAGAUGAACAAAAGUUAUUUGAUGGUUUUUACUUGUGCUGCCAUCCGAUCAGUCCAUCUGGAGGUUGUAACUAAUAUGACAACGGAAAGCUGUAUAAUGGGACUGAGACGAUUUAUAGGUCGUAGAGGUGCUCCUACAACGAUCUAUUCAGACAACGCCAAGACUUUUCGAAGAGCUGCUUUAGAGCUUACUAAUACAAACCAAGUACCGGACGACAACCUUGUGCAAAACUUUCUAAUCCAUAGACGCAUACAUUGGAAGUUUAUUGGCGAGCGAGCCCCCUGGUGGGGAGGAUUUUGGGAACGAUUGAUACGAUCUAUUAAAAACAUAUUAAAAGUAGUCAUCGGAAAAGCGAAGUUAACCCUGGAACAACUUCGUACAGUGAUCAUAGAAGCGGAGGGAAUGGUGAACAUUCGCCCUCUAACCUACGUCAGCAGUGAUCCUUUGGAUAUUUCACCACUUACACCCGCUCACUUCAUACAUGGCCAUGGGAGUCUUGCAAAUUCCCAAAAUCUUGUGACGUCUUCUGAUAUGCAGCAACUUUGGGCUCAACGUCUUAAGAUAACGAAUAUGCUUUGGUCUCGCUGGCGUACUGAAUACGUUCAACUGCUGCGAUCAUUUCACCACAGUCAAGGACAUUCUUCAAAUCAACUCAAGUCAAAUGAUGUAGUUCUGGUAUUUGACUCUGCGAAACCUAGAAUUGCAUGGAAGUUAGCUGUGGUCGAAGCAGCCUUUAUUGGACGUGACGGAAAGGUAAGAGCUUGUGAAAUUCGUUACGCUGAUGGAUCGAAAACUCGAAGACCUGUACAGCUGCUUUACCUUUUGGAACUCACAUCAUUGCCCCGCGCCGAGGAUGUUGAAAAUUAUUGA